UCCGUGUACACAUUUUCAGACAUUUUCUUUCCUCACACACACCUCUACAUCAAUCAACAUAACUCUCUCCGAUUUAAAUUAUGUGUCUUAAUUAUAUGUCAAAAGGAGGGUGUAUAUAAAUUACCCCUACUAUCAAACUUGCUUAUUUAAAUUGCCUUGCUCCUUUCUCUUUAGAGAUCCCGAAAACACAUCUUGCUUAUUUAAAUUGCCUUGCUCUUUUCUCUUAGAGAUCGCGAAAACACUUCAUUUGUAGAAAAUGGGGGGAGUUAAGGUGACGAUGGAGGUGGGAACCGACGGCGUGGCUGUCAUCACCAUCUUUAAUCCUCCGGUGAACGCUUUAGCUAUUCCAAUUAUUGCUGGAUUGAAGGACAGGUGGACUGAAGCCACGACGAGAAACGAUGUUAAAGCUAUUGUUUUGACUGGAAAUGGAGGGAGAUUUUCUGGUGGUUUUGAUAUCAAUGUUUUUCAGAAGGUUCAUGGGACUGGGGAUAUUUCUCAAAUGCCUGAUGUUUCUGUUGAUCUUGUGGUCAACACGAUGGAAGAUGGUAAAAAGCCUGCAGUUGCUGCCAUAGAAGGACUUGCACUCGGAGGUGGUUUAGAAUUGGCAUUGGGAUGCCAUGCACGAAUUGCUGCACCACGAGCACAACUGGGGUUGCCAGAGCUCAGUCUUGGAGUCAUGCCUGGCUUCGGAGGUACACAGCGUCUUCCAAGGCUUAUAGGGUUGUCUAAAGCUGUUGAAAUGAUGAUGACAUCUAAACCAUUAAUGUCGGAGGAAGGGAAGAAGCUUGGCCUUAUUGAUGCGAUUGUCCCUUCAUCAGAGUUGUUAAAAGUAUCUAGACAGUGGGCACUUGAUAUUGCCGAAAGGCGCAAGCCUUGGAUGCGUUCCCUUCACAAGACAGACAAGAUUGGUUCCCUGCCAGAUGCGCGUGAAGUACUGAAGGUGGCUAGGGAACAAGUGAAACAGACAGCUAAGAAUAUGCCUCAGCACUUGGCAUGCAUUGAUGUAAUUGAAGAAGGCAUCAUCCAUGGAGGAUAUAGUGGGGUUCUCAAAGAAGCUAAGGUAUUCAAGGACCUUGUAUUGUCAGAUACAUCAAAGGGCCUUGUUCAUGUUUUUUUUGCCCAACGGGCAACAUCGAAGGUACCUAACGUCACUGAUAUUGGCCUCAAACCUAGGACAGUCAAGAAAGUUGCUGUAAUAGGUGGAGGUUUAAUGGGUUCUGGCAUAGCAACAGCCCUUGCUCUUAGCAACACGUUUGUCGUACUUAAGGAAAUUACUUCUGAGUAUCUUCAGAAGGGGAUGAAAGCUAUUGAAGAAACUUAUGGGGAUGUAUCUUAUAUGACAGCAAAUGUCAGCGGGCUGGUAACUAGAAAGAAAUUGCCACAGGACAAAGCAGAUAAAGCCCUUUCAAUGGUUAAAGGUGCUCUGGAUUAUUCAGAUUUUAAGGAUGUGGAUAUGGUCAUAGAGGCUGUUAUUGAAAAUGUUUCACUAAAACAGAAAAUAUUUAGCGAGAUUGAGAAGUUGUGCCCUCCACAUUGUAUUUUGGCAACUAACACAUCUACUAUCGACCUCAACAUUAUUGGAGAAAAUACCAUAUCCAAGGAUCGGAUUAUCGGGGCCCACUUUUUCAGUCCUGCUCACAUUAUGCCUUUACUGGAGAUAGUACGAACAGAGAAGACAUCCGCCCAAGCAAUUCUUGACCUUAUGGUUGUUGGCAAAGCAAUAAAGAAAGUACCUGUUGUGGUGGGAAAUUGUACUGGUUUUGCUGUCAAUAGAACCUUCUUUCCCUACUCCCAGGGUGCACAUGUUCUGGUCAAUCUAGGAGUGGAUGUCUACAGAAUUGAUGCGCAAAUCACCAGCUUUGGUCUCCCUAUGGGUCCCUUCCAGCUUCAGGAUUUAACAGGAUAUGGAGUGGCUGUUGCUGUGGGGAAAGAAUUUGGUUCAGCUUUUUCUGAUCGCAUAUUUAAGUCUCCAUUGAUCGACCUUCUUAUAAAAAGUGGUAGAAAUGGUAAAAACAAUGGAAAAGGCUACUAUAUUUACGAGAAGGGAAGGAAACCAAGACCCGAUUUUUCAGUGCUUCCAAUUAUUGAGGAAUCAAGAAGGCUCACCAACAUAAUGCCUGGAGGAAAGCCAAUAUCUGUCACUGACCAAGAAAUUGUUGAGAUGAUACUCUUUCCAGUUGUGAAUGAGGCAUGUCGUGUUUUGGAUGAAGGGAUAGUAGUCCGAGCCUCUGAUCUUGAUGUCGCAUCUGUACUUGGAAUGAGUUUCCCAUCUUACCGAGGUGGUAUCGUUUUCUGGGCUGACACUGUUGGUGCUGGCUAUAUCUAUAGAAGUCUUAAGAAGUGGUCAGAACUAUAUGGUAAUUUCUUCAAGCCCUCAAGGUUUUUGGAAGAGAGAGCAACAAAGGGCAUCCCCUUGAGUGCACCUGCUUCUACGUCUUCAGCUUCAAGGUCACGCAUGUAAGCAGUGUGCACCUAGUGUUGGAAACAGGAUGUAAUUGAAAUAUAGAAAGGUGUCAUGCGUGUAGCAGUGCAUGUAUAAUGUGUUUAACAUUUCCGUGGCUCCUAAUAAAGCUUAUUUCAAGUUAAUUAAGUGAAAUUCACCAACUUUAUUUAUUCCUUCCACCACUCCCCCACUUUGCAAAGAAGGGGUAUGUUUAUUGGAUAAACCUGAUGCAAACAGAACAGUUUUUCAAAAGAUGUCCAUUAGCUUCGUAGGCACUGCUUCAUAUGCUGGAUUUAAUGUAUUACCCCAUAAAUCCUGAAUUUAACACUCUUUUGGGGUAUCUUGUGAAAAAUGUGUGAGGAAGCGGAUGGAGUCGAAAGAGAGAAUAGUGCUAUUAUGCAACAUUUAAAAUCAGAUAACUUAUCUGGAUGUAAUUGUUAACUUUUGUUAAGCCCUGUUCGUUGUGUGUUAUCCUUUCUCUUCGUAGUAGGCUUUGCACCAUUUGGUUAAUGAAAUACUCAGGUCAUACACAUUGAUGUACUUUUAAGACUCGUAAUCCUAAUGGUUUUGAUUGCACUUUGACAGUAUAAAUCAUUCAGGUCAAUUUAUCACUUUUGUUUGGUCA